UCAGCUGAAGAUGACAGGCCAGGUGGCCGACAGGGACCUGUCCCCUCAUCGUCUCUCAGUGAAGACCACUGUGGAGGAGGAGCCAGAGAGGGAGAGAGCUGAGAGUACUCUCAGCAGAGUGCCAUCAGAAUGUGAUCAUGAUAAUGAUGACACAUCCUCAGAGCUGGCACGGGUGGCCGCUCUCGAUGGGGGAAACAUCUCAAGGAACUCUUUUCAAGGACGGGGAGCUCUGUCUAGAUUAGUGAAUUUGGUGGUGACUCUGAGGGAGUGGGCACACAGGAGCCUUCUAGAGGAGGAGGAGCGGCCAGACUCUUUCUUGGAACGCUUCCGUGGCCCUGAGCUGAGGACUGCCCCUAGUCGCAUCAGCAAUACGCAGCCUGAUGCCAAUGGCAACAAUACCAAAGGGAGAUUUAGGAAAAUAUGGGGUGUGGUCGUUGUGUCCCCAUCAGACGACAUGUACUACCGUUGGCUGUUUGUUAUCGCUAUAGCUGUGCUCUACAACUGGAUCCUCAUUGUGGCUAGGGCAUGCUUUGACAAACUGCAGACAAGCAAUUACAUCUGCUGGUUGGUGCUGGACUAUCUUUCAGACACUGUGUACAUCUUGGACACAUGUGUCCGACUCCGCACAGGGUUUCUGGAGCAGGGUCUGCUGGUGAAGGACCUCUCCAAGCUGAGAGACAGCUACAUCCGCACGUUUCAGUUCAAGCUGGAUGUGGUGUCCAUCCUACCCACUGAUCUGGCCUACAUAUCCACAGGAAUCCACACCCCAGAGCUCAGAUUCAACCGCCUGCUGCGCUUCCCGCGCAUGUUUGAGUUCUUCGACCGCACUGAGACACGCACAAACUACCCCAACAUCUUCCGUAUCUGCAACUUGGUGCUCUACAUCCUGGUCAUCAUCCACUGGAACGCCUGCAUCUACUUUGCUAUUUCCAAAUCCCUGGGGUUUGGCUCUGAUACCUGGGUGUACCCCAACAUCUCCAACCCUGAGUAUGGCUCCCUAACCCGGGGCUAUGUCUACUGCCUGUACUGGUCCACCCUCACCCUCACAACUAUUGGAGAGAUGCCCGCCCCUGUACGGGAUGAGGAGUAUCUUUUUGUGGUCUUUGACUUCCUUGUUGGGGUGCUGAUCUUUGCCACGAUUGUGGGUAAUGUUGGCUCCAUGAUUUCCAACAUGAAUGCCACACGUGCAGAGUUUCAGGCCCGUAUUGAUGCCAUCAAACACUACAUGCACUUCCGCCGGGUCAGCAAGGAGCUGGAAGCACGCGUCAUUAAGUGGUUUGACUACCUCUGGACUAAUAAGAAAGCAGUGGAUGAGCAGGAGGUGUUGAAGAACUUGCCUAACAAAUUGCGGGCUGAGAUCGCUAUCAAUGUGCACCUGGAGACCCUGAAGAAAGUACGUAUCUUUCAGGACUGUGAGGCUGGACUGUUGGUGGAGCUGGUGCUGAAACUCCGGCCACAGGUCUAUAGCCCAGGGGACUACAUCUGCCGCAAAGGGGACAUAGGGAAGGAGAUGUACAUCAUCAAAGAGGGGAAUCUGGCAGUGGUGGCAGAUGACGGGGUCACACAGUACGCCCUCCUCACUGCCGGCAGCUGCUUUGGGGAGAUAAGUAUCCUCAACAUCCAAGGCAGCAAAAUGGGAAACCGCAGGACGGCCAAUAUCCGCAGCAUCGGCUAUUCUGACCUCUUCUGCCUCUCUAAGGACGACCUGAUGGAGGCAGUGACCGAGUACCCUGAUGCUAAGAAGGUGCUGGAGGAGAGGGGGAAAGAGAUCCUUAUUAAGGAGGGCCUCCUGGAUGAGAAUGCAGAGGCUGGCAGACUGGGUGGAGAGGACACUGAGGAGAAGGUGGAGAGGCUGGAGUCCUCUCUGGACACCCUGCAGACACGUUUCGCCCGCCUGCUCAGCGAGUACACGGCCACACAGCAGCGGCUGAAGCAGCGCAUCACCAACCUGGAGCGCCAGCUGUGCCACACGGGCUGCGGGAUCCUCUCAGACGGGGACCUCUCUGACGCAGACUCAACUGCUGAGGCUGAGGCGGACACUCUGGCUGCUGCCAAUACCGUUGAGCAGGGUAACCAUGGAAAUGAUGAGCCGACUGAACCCACUGUUCAAACUUGAAAGCUGCCUGUGACCGUGGCUCUAGGCAUAGCACUUUUUUAGCAC